UUUGCUAAAGGGAUUGAUUCAUCUGUGACAAGUCUGGCUUCAAAAUGCGAUUGUCAAUUUUUGUAUGUGUCCUUUUUGUUUGUGGAUCUUUGAGUUUCCACCAGUCCAAGCUGAUUUGGAGCAAGCAGUACACUGGAAAUGAUAGACCUGUGAUUGGUAUUUUGACUCAGAUUGUUUCAGACGAAGUAAUGAAACAGUAUGGGAGCACAUACAUUCCUGCCUCCUAUGUUAAGUACAUCGAGUCUGCAGGCUGCAGAGUGAUGCCUAUCAAACUGACUCUUACAACUGCUGAGUACAAAAACAUCUUUAGUAGGAUAAAUGGUCUCCUUCUCAUCGGCGGAGCUUCCAAUCUGGAGACAUCUGAUUUUGCUAGGGUGGCAAAGAUUUUUUAUCAGCUUGCUGUUGAGGCCAAUGAUGCAGGGGAUUACUUCCCAGUGUGGGGUACGUGCUUGGGAAUGCAACUUCUCACUGUCCUGGUUUCUGGUCACAAUCUGCUGGAAAACGUCACUGCUGAGAAUGUGGCUCUAUCCCUCAACUUCACUCGAGCGGCCUUCUCCAGUCGCAUGUUUGCUGCCUUCCCCAAGGAGUUGAUGAAGGCUUUGCAAGAAGAACCUCUCACUGGCCAUUUUCAUCACUAUGGAAUCACAGUGAAAGCCUUCAUGCAAAAUAAAGAGCUGAUGGAUUUCUUCUCUGUCAUCUCAACAAAUGUUGGUCAAAAUGGGGCCCACUUUGUCUCAACCAUUGAAGGCAAAAAAUACCCCUUCUAUGGAGUGCAGUGGCACCCAGAAGUGAACCGUUUUCAGUGGGACAGCAAAUUGAGCUUUCCCCAUUCGUCUCAUGCUGUCCAGCUGUCGUCACUCCUGGCCCAGUUUUUUGUCAAUGAAGGGAGGAGAAGUUUGCAUAACUUUGAUGACCCUGAAAAGGAGGCCUUGGCACUGAUUUACAACUACAUGCCUAUAUUUGCGGGAAACUUCAGUGGUUAUGAGCAGAUCUAUUUCUUCUGAAAAGCUGUCCUCAAAAAGGUCACUUCCCGAGGCAAACGAGUCACGCACCACCACAUACCCUCAAACUAGUAGUUGUUUCUUGAUCAAGCAACCCCGUAUAUGCAUCUUUUGCCAUGUACGUCUUGUUGUAUUUAACACUCAUUCAUAUUAUACAGUAUAUCAUGCUAAUCACUCAAAUCAUGAACAGGGAAUCUCAGAUAGUUCUACUAGGGCGGUACUAAAAAUAAAAACAUAUAUUAUUAAAUGAAUUAAUUGUGUAUCCUCAAUUCAACUCAUUUUUGUUUAUAUAGCUGGAAGAACCACAGUUCCAACAAAAUGCUUUUCAGAAAUGCGGAGCAUUAGAAUUUAUGACAUGAUGUCAUGAUAUUAAGGUGUGUUUAUUUAGGGGUCCUCAAGUCCCCGGUAUCUGUGCACUAACUGCUGAGAUGCUAAAUUUGGUGGGGAUAGCAUCAUCGAGUGGUUCACCCACACAUAUUCAAUCAAGUGUGCGAGUCAGAGAACCUUCCCAGCGGACCAGAUGGGUCAUCCUACCCUUCUGGAAACGCAAGGGUGACAGGUUAGUCAGUGGCAACCAUAGAAGCAUCACUCUCCUUUCCAUCCUUACCAAGCUCUUUCCCAAGAUCUUGCUCAGUCAAGCUCUCCCAGCCAUCAGCAACAACAACCUCUCGCACUUAUAAAC